GUCUGCAAGGUGGUGAACGCCACAGCGCUGGCCUGCCUCGCGCCCCCCCUCACCCCUGAGUACCGGCCCGGCCUGGACGCUGUCGAGCGGCCGGACGAGUUUGGGUUUAUCUUUAACAACGUGCAGUCGCUGCUGGUCUACAACGACACCAAGUUCAUAUACUAUCCUAACCCGACAUUUGAACUCCUGAGCCCGACUGGGGUGCUGGAGCAGAAGCCGGGGUCACCCAUCAUCCUGAAGGGCAGAAACCUGUGCCCACCCGCUCCUGGAGGAGCAAAGCUCAACUACACCGUGCUGAUCGGAGAGAUACCCUGUGCCGUCACCGUCUCCGAGACCCAGCUGCUGUGUGAGCCGCCAAAUCUCACCGGACAGCACAAAGUGAUGGUGCGUGUCGGUGGUAUCAUCUUCUCCCCUGGUUCGGUGAGCAUCAUCUCGGACAGCCUCCUGACCCUGCCAGCCAUCGUCAGCAUCGCAGCCGGAGGCAGCCUGCUCCUCAUCAUCGUCAUCAUCGUCCUCAUCGCCUACAAGCGCAAGUCCCGAGAGAAUGACCUGACCCUCAAGAGGCUGCAGAUGCAGAUGGACAAUCUGGAGUCCCGGGUGGCCCUGGAGUGCAAGGAGGCUUUUGCAGAGCUGCAGACAGACAUCAACGAAUUAACCAGCGACCUGGAUCGCUCCGGGAUCCCGUACCUUGACUAUCGGACGUAUGCCAUGAGGGUCCUUUUCCCCGGCAUCGAGGACCAUCCUGUGCUGCGGGAGCUGGAGGUCCAAGGGAACGGGCAGCAGAGCGUGGAGAAGGCCUUGAAGCUCUUUGCUCAGCUGAUCAACAACAAAGUCUUCCUGCGUACCUUCAUCCGAACGCUGGAGCUGCAGCGCAGCUUCUCCAUGCGCGAUCGUGGCAACGUGGCCUCGCUCAUCAUGACGGGUCUGCAAGGCAAGCUGGAGUACGCCACCGAUGUGCUGAAGCAGCUGCUCUCCGACCUCAUCGAGAAGAACCUGGAAAACAAGAACCACCCCAAACUGCUCCUGCGCAGGACCGAGUCGGUGGCUGAGAAGAUGCUGACUAACUGGUUUGCCUUCCUCCUCCACAAGUUCCUCAAGGAAUGUGCUGGAGAGCCGCUCUUCAUGCUCUACUGUGCCAUCAAGCAGCAGAUGGAGAAAGGUCCAAUUGAUGCCAUCACAGGAGAAGCCCGUUACUCCCUCAGUGAGGACAAGCUGAUCAGGCAGCAAAUUGAGUACAAGACUCUGAUCCUAAACUGUGUGAAUCCGGAUAAUGAGAACAGUCCAGAGAUCCCUGUGAAGGUGCUGAACUGUGAUACCAUCACUCAAGUCAAAGAGAAGAUCCUCGAUGCAGUAUACAAAAACGUCCCAUAUUCUCAAAGACCAAGAGCUGUUGACAUGGACUUGGAGUGGCGGCAGGGCCGGAUAGCUCGUGUGGUCCUGCAAGAUGAAGACAUCACCACCAAGAUUGAAGGAGAUUGGAAGCGCUUGAACACCUUGAUGCAUUAUCAGGUAUCAGACCGCUCAGUUGUGGCUCUCGUUCCCAAACAGACCUCCUCCUACAACAUUCCUGCCUCUGCCAGUAUAUCCCGGACGUCUAUUAGCAGAUAUGACUCCACCUUCCGCUACACCGGCAGCCCUGACAGCCUGCGCUCCCGGGCCCCCAUGAUCACCCCCGACCUGGAGAGCGGCGUCAAGGUCUGGCACCUGGUCAAAAACCACGACCACGGAGACCAAAAGGAAGGAGACCGGGGCAGUAAGAUGGUGUCCGAAAUCUACCUGACCAGGCUGUUAGCUACAAAGGGUACGCUGCAGAAAUUUGUGGACGACUUGUUUGAGACGCUGUUCAGCACCGUGCACCGAGGCAGCGCGCUCCCGCUGGCCAUCAAGUAUAUGUUCGAUUUCUUGGAUGAGCAGGCAGAUAAGCACGGCAUCCACGACACAGAUGUGAGGCACACGUGGAAGAGCAAUUG